UGUGGUGGAUGUUGUUGGAUCUGUUUCCAGCGUUUUAUGCAAGUUUCCAGUGUUUAAUCCCAAAUAUCGAUUUGAUUUAAGUAAUUGUGGCUAUUUAACAUUAACAGUGUCGUUUUUCUAUCUUGAAACAAGCUUUAUUUACAUGAGCAACUGCUAGUAAAAUGUGACAGGUUUACAAAAAAAAAAAUUAAAAAAUUUCAAGUGCAAAAUAAAUAAAUAGAAAAACAAUGUUUUGCCGGCUUAACAAUUAAGUUUUAAUUAGACGCGUGUGUAUUUGAUUGAAGCAGCUUGAAAUCCUGCUAGUUUCAGCAAUCCUUAUUAUAGGUCAACAACUAGUUUAAUGGAAAUUGCUUGAACAUCAAAACUCAUCAUCAUUUCAUGUUUAUUUUAUCUGGAACAUUUCAUAUAAACACUUCACACCAUUAUCAUGUCUACACCAUCGGGCAGCGAUUUGAAUGGCAGGGAGCUGAGAGAGCAACGUUCCUAUUCGGUAGGAGCCAGACUAUCAUUCCGGAGUUUCUUUAAAGAUAAAGAUGCAAACCAAAAACAGAGUAAGAGUCGAAGCGUUGAUCAUGGAAUAUCUUCGCCCUACGAUUUGGCCCUUUUGAGAAGCACUGUGGACAAGUCUCUUAAUAGAGAUCUUGAUGGUUCCACAAACAGUCUGUCGGCCAGGCGGAGCGGACCGCCUGAGAAUACUACUACUUAUGUGGUCGCCGAUAGAGACACUUUAACAUCGGUAGCAGCUAGAUUCGAUACGACCCCAUCGGAGCUUACAAAACUCAACAGGCUAGCUACUCCGUACAUUUUUCCUGGGCAGCAAUUAUACGUUCCUUUGAGGGAAAAUGCGGAGCUCGAUUCCGAGGGAUCUACGCCCGUGGAGGACGCUCACGAGGACUUACCUUCAGACGAAAAAGAAUUAUUGGACAAUCUACGUCCAGUCAGCCCAAAGCCAGGCCACGUCGAAAGGGUGAGAACGCCGUCAUGCAAUCAAAGCUUAUCCUUAGACCACGAAGACGAACCUCUGUCAGUAUUCCGCGAACGGUUCCUUAAAAUUAACGUGAGGCACAUCACGGAUGGCGAAGGCGUCGUCAGCGGCGUCCUGUUAGUUACCCCAAAUGCUGUGAUGUUCGAUCCGAACGUUUCCGAUCCGCUGGUGAUCGAAAAAGGCCCGGAAGCUUACGGGGUGAUAGCACCCAUGGAAUUUGUUGUCAAUGUUGCCAUUUAUAACGAUAUAGCGCACAUGCGUGUCAGUCACAUGGAGAGUAAUGUGAAUGAAAAGGCGGAAAUUUACUAUCCGAAAAGUGACAAGGAGCAGGAGUCUAUGUUGGUCAAAGACGAAACUUUUCCGGAAUUGGAAAGAGAAGGCGACGCUUUUCCUAAAGCAUUCGAUAGAGAUUUGGUGACGCCCACCAAUCUGGACGAUACUGGGCACGAACAAAGAACACUGGACGAGAGGCGAAAGUCACUAUUGGACCAUCAUUGGCCCAUGUCUUCAAGAGACAGACAGUCAAUUGACACUGAUGAACUACCAGCAAUUUCAACAACGCUCCACGAAGAUCACAUCGAAGAAGAAGAAGUGCAGCACCCGGAAGAGGAAAGUGAGAUUCAGGAAAGUUGUCACGAUUCCGGGAUUGAUAUUAGAGAAACGCCAGCGGCGCCAGUGGUUCCUAUUGCUAUAAAAGAACACUACAGCGAUGCAGAUAUAGUAUUAUCCAAAGAGUGGGUGCCUCCGGUGACUAUCGCGCCCACUUAUCACCAUUCUUUGAGCAGUGACAGCGAAAGCCCGGCCAGGAAGAAGACCAACAGCGUAUCGUUCAGCUUGGACUCGGGCAGCGACGCUGAGAAUUCCGGUGCGGCUGCCAUUAACUUCUCUACGAGUUUAGUUGAAUCCAAAGAAGAGUCUGAAAAGUCUGAAAGUAGGAAAAAUAAGAUGUUAAAAAGACUGUCUUAUCCACUAUCGUGGAUGGAAACCUUGGGUGGCGAAAAAGAAGAGGAGAAACUUCCUAGUCUACCGCAAAUAGCGGACGCACAACAUUCUUCUAUGUUUUCGAAAGUUUUCUCAAGCUCCCCAAUUCACUUGGUGGAUUUCGGUACCGGAUUGUUCACCAAAACCCCGUCAGAGGACAGCGGCGGCUCAGGAGGACCGCACUCUGGCGGCAGCGGAGGUCCGCCCCUGACAGGAGAAAGUGUCGUUUCAGGCGCUUCAUCUUCGAGCAGCUUUUUUCCCACGAAUAUCAUAAGUUCGAUGGGCGCUUCAGUGGGGGCGGUAGGUGCCCAAGUGGGCGCGAUGGGCGCCCAAGUUGGGGCGCAAGUAGGCGCGCUGGGUUCUUCUGUGGGAUCGACUGUGGGCGCCGUCGGAGCCCAAGUGGGAGCUUUAGGCUCCUCGGUCGGGUCCACUGUUAGCGCCGUUGGGCGUUCGUCGGUCGGCACGUUUAUCAGACAACCGACAGAGGGCGGCUCGAAAAAGAAGGAGCCCAAAGAACCACCGCCAAAGCUGGACUACAGGUCGAUGGUGUCUGUUGAGGAUAAACCCGAUUUGUUUGCUUCGUUUGAUAAACUGAUACCGAGACCGGCUCGCUCUUGCGAAGACCCGCCCCUUUAUCUGAGACUAAAAAUGGGCAAACCUAUGAACAAAAAAAUACCCCAUUCAACUCCCUUGAUGUCCUAUGGCAAGAAAAAGAUGAGGCCCGAGUAUUGGUUCAGCGUGCCGAAAAAUCGGGUGGACGAGCUUUACAAGUUUAUACAAGGAUGGGUGCCGCAGCUUUAUGGAGAACUUGAUGAAGAAAAGAUUAAGGAACGCAAUUUCAUUCUGGUGGAUUUGGACACUGAAUUGUGGAGCGAAGAACCGACACCGUCUAGUAGCCGGCACGGUAGUCAAGGCGAAGAGCUGGCUGAAUUAACCAAAGAAAGUUGGGAGCUAAUCAAGGCGCCUUACGCUAAGAUCUACAACAUCAUCAAGACGCAAACGAUGUCAGAGGGCAGUGUCGACGAGGUCCUGCCUAUGUCCGAAGAAUACCGUCGGGCAUUUUACAGUGGCAACGACACGCCCUCGUUGGACAUCGACUUGUCACCUCCUGAUUUGAAUGGUAAAACGGAAAUCUUGACCGAUGAGCACAGGGAAUCGCUAUGCAGGCAUUUGCCUGCUAGGGCCGAAGGCUACGCCUGGACGCUGGUGUUCAGCACGAGCCAGCACGGGUUCAGCCUGAACAGCAUGUACAGGAAGAUGUUCAAGCUGGAGUCGCCGAUUUUGUUGGUCAUCGAAGAUACUGACAAUAAUGUAUUUGGUGCUCUAACGUCGUGCGCCCUCCACGUCUCCGACCACUUCUACGGCACCGGCGAAUCCCUUUUGUUCCGUUUCACCCCCCAUUUCCAAGUCUACAACUGGACCGGCGAAAACUUGUAUUUCAUCAAGGGCAACAACGAAUCGCUGAGCAUCGGAGCCGGAGAUGGAAAAUUCGGCCUCUGGCUCGACGGCGAUUUGUAUUUAGGCCGCACCGAAUCCUGCAAAACUUACGGAAACGAUCCGCUGACACCUAAAGUUGAUUUCGUUGUCAAAACUUUAGAAUGUUGGGCGUUUAUUUCUAGUUAAAAGCCUUAUGAAUGUGGAUAAUAAUUGUGAUUUUUUUUCACGAGAGGGUCUUGGGCAAAAGAGGAAAAAAACAGAACCAUGAAGCAUAUCAAAAAAAAAAAAAAACAAAAAAAAAAAGACCGUAAGUAAAUUAGAUUUUGAAGAAAAAAUAAACAGCAAAAAUGCUUAUUUAGUAGUGCCUAUAAGUCACUACAAAUAUUAAGUAAAUAUUGUUAUAAAGUUGGUAGGGCUUUUUUUUUAGAUGAGAGAUGUUUUAUCGAGGAGCAUCUGUGAGGACUUAUGUAACAAAACAUGUUUUACUCUAAUAUGAAAUGUUUUGUUAUUUAACCUAGAUGUCCUUAUGCUUAUAUAUAAUAUUUAUUUACAAAUGAAUAUAAUGUUAUUUAUUGUAAAAGUUACCGAUUUUGUCGUCUUAAACAGGAAAUAAAUGGCUGUCUACAGGGUGUUUCAUUUAAAGAUACUACAAUUGAAUUUAUUUCAAACACAGUAAUUUUUCAAAGGAUUGUGGAAGUUGAGAGUGCUGAGAAAUUGAAUUGUUUCGAGCUUUUAGUAUGAGUUGCCUCAAUGUCUCAAAAAUAGUUUCAGUUUAUUUUAGGGUCUUUUUCUUUUGUAUGGAGACUGUGGGUAUUUUGACAUUCUAAUUGUUGUAGAAAGAGUUCUAGACUAGUUUUGUAUGGUUUCAAGAAUAAUCCUCUACCCAUGGCAAUGGAUUCCACUGUUUGAUUAUGACGUUGAUUGACUGACUUAGGACCGAUUUAUCAGUGGACGGUUAUUUAGUUAAGCUGUCAGUAAACUUGUAAUUAUCAUUAGCUAACCGACAUCUAAACUAAAUAACCGUCCACUGAUAAACCGGUCCUAAGCAUCAUUAACAGCUUUAGCAAUUCCUGUAGCUCCUCCACUUAAUGCACCCAACGCACUUGGGACCCGUUUUUCAGUGGAUGGUUAUUUAGUUUAGCUGUCAUUUAACUAGUAAUUAUCAUUAGCUAAACUUGAUAAAUGUCCACUGAUAAACCGGUCCUUAGCGUCAUUAACAGCUUUAGCAAUUCCUGCAGCUCCUCCACUUAACACACCCAACGCACUUAGGACCGGUUUAUCAGUAGAUAUUUAUAUAGUUUGGCUGUCGGUAAACUAAUAUUUAUCAUCAGUUAACCGGCAGUUCAAGUAACUAACCGACAGUUUGACCAUAUAACCAGCCACUGAAAAAACAGUCCUAAGUCUCGUAUUUGCGCAGUUGAUAGUUUUCAAGGCCGCCAUGAACAUGCUCAAAACUUUAAUAGAAACACUUUGUAUUAUUAUUUCUUGCCGCUUGCUACAACGAAUGUUUUGUUUAUAAAUUUUCUGUAUUGUAGACUUAAGAAUUUUCUAAGAUACCGCAUGCACGAGAUUGAAGACGUCAAAUUUAGCUCAGUUUUCUUAGACAAAGAAUGUUUUUAGACAAUAAUCUUUAUUAAAUGAGGAAGGUUGUAUUUUACGUCUGUCUGAUGCAUGUUUGACUCAAUAUUACGAUUUUCCAGGGUUUAGUUUUAGAAAACACAUGGAACAACCCUUAAGCAGCUAAUUUUUACUAUACAAAAUAUAAGUAAAAUCAAACCCCUUUUACUUAGGGAUAUAAAUAGCCUUGAUUGUGUUGUAGCAAUUAUUGAUUGUUGGGCGAGGCCAUUGAAAUUGUGAAUGUCUUUUUUGUCAAUUAGUCGCCUAUAUGUUAUAUGAAUAUACUAUAUUAAAAAUACAUUGCCAUAUCAUCAUUCGUCAAUUUUAGCUUUGUAGCUUAGCUAAUUAUUAUCCCGGUUACUUUUAUAAAACAUUGAUAAAACCUUGAGUUAACGUUUUGCGAUGUUUUAUAAAAUAACAUUCAUUUUACUAACUAAAAGAGUUGUAUAUUUAUUUAUUGUUUUUUUUUCACAUAUUCAGGGUAAUUUAUGUAGCCUGUGCAUUAGAUUGCAGGUGCUAUUUCUACUAAUCCACCUGCAAACUAGACAACUUCUAAUGCACAGGCUAUGUAAAUCACGGUGUAUAUUUAUUGUUUGAGAAAUGAAAAAUGUUAACAAACCCUAUAUACAAAAAAAUCAUUAUUCCAUUGCUAUUUAGAGAGGUACGUUCCAACAAGUACCAAAAAACCCCUUUUUUUGAUCCUUGUCGCAACGGCACAAACAAAUUAUUGCAUUUAUGUGAUGUUAAGGUUAACUAAAAUCAUUUUAUUAUAUAAAAUUUAGACUUUGUAGUAGGAAGUACUUAUAACCUAUAAUAUAUUGAUUUUUUCGCCUGUUGCAUAUUAAUGGCAGUUUAUAUAUCGAGUACCUAAUUGAAGAAUUUACAAAAAUACAUAAUAUAAUAUAUUUUCUUAGAGUCACAGAAUAUUAAUAUUGAUAAUUUAUUUUUCUGAUUAAACUAUAAUGAUCAAUUUAUUGUAAAACGGGUCCUUUAGAAGCCUCUGUUAAUUUUUUUGCUUAUUAAUUAGUUUUCGGACGGACAUAUUGUUAUAAAUUGUUGUCCGUCUGUCAGUCAGUAUGUAGCCCAUUAUUUUUAGUAUUUAGAUUUAGUUAUUGCUGGAUUGUACUAUAUUUAAAAUAUUUGUUAGAAGUUUUUCUCUGUAAAAAAAAAUAAUAUGCAAAUUGUAAAUAAUUUAAAAGAUGAAUAAAUUUAAACAAAACAAAUAUUGUAUUU